ACCCAUUACUCAAUUCUUAAAAUGCAGAAUCAGGUAAUUAUGGACGAUGAUGACGAUGAUCUCUAUGACCCUGCCGAUGCAGUGCCGGUAGCUACAUCCCAGAAUACAGCGCAUCACGCCCAAGCGAAUGUCAACCAAGAGCCAGAUGACGUCGAGGAGGAAGAGAUAGAGAUUGAAGAAGAUGAUGACGAUUUUAAUAUUAUCACGGAAGCCCCUCCUGAUGCGCCUCCCCCAGAAGUUCCACAUCCACGCCACGCUAGCCUACGAGCUGAGUCGCAGCGACCUCCAUCUGUAGAUUCUUCCGUAACGAAGUCAGUUACACCCUCCGUGACACCGAAAGUGGAACAUGCAACUCCGGUCCCAGCCGGCGCUCGACCUGCCGUACCGCAGAAACCAGGUUCUGCAUAUCCUCCUAUCCACGCUUCAGAUAUCGACGUUCAUGCAAACCCAACUCACCCAGCUACCGGUAAACCAAUUCUGUCGACGGAUAUGGAUGCGGACUUCCCAGAAGAUGAUAAGCCAUGGAGGCGGCCGGGUUCUGACAUCUCGGACUACUUCAACUACGGAUUCGAUGAAUUUACAUGGGCAAGCUAUGUGUUGAAACAGCAAGAGUUAAGAAAGGAAGUUGGCGACCAGAAGAGACAACUGGAUGACAUGCAGAGUUUCUUGACCAUGGGGCUUCCGCCGAUGCCCGGCGGUCCUCAACCUGGACCUGGAGGUCCCGGUGGCGCACCGCCGCCGAUGCCUGGCAUGCCAGGAAUGCCAGACAUGUCUCCAGAUAUGAUGCAGGGAAUGCUAGCUAGUAUGAUGGCGCAGGGCUUGGACCCAUCAUCUAUGGAUCCAAUGUCUUUCAUGCAGCACGCCCAGGCAAUGAUGGGAGGCCAAUCCGGCGCAGGCGGCGGACAACAAGGCCAGCCUGGCUAUGGUAACCAAGGUGGUGGCCAACCUCAGAUGGGCUAUGGAGGGGGCUUUGGUGGUGGACGGGGACGGGGCCGGAGAUGCAUCCUGGGACGGUUCGGUCUGGUGGAGUUCAAUUCUCUCCUCCGCAACAUCAAGAGCCUUGCUCCCCUCCUCGACCGCGUCCUGGUCCAGCGCAUCAAGCCCGAGACCAAGACCGCCUCCGGUAUCUUCCUCCCCGAGAGCAGUGUCAAGGAGCAGAACGAGGCCAAGGUCCUCGCCGUCGGCCCCGGUGCCGUCGACAAGAACGGCUCUCGCCUUCCCAUGAGCGUUGCUCCCGGUGACCACGUCUUGAUCCCUCAGUUCGGUGGAAGCGCCGUCAAGGUUGGUGAGGAAGAGUUCACUCUUUUCCGGGACCAUGAGCUCCUUGCCAAGAUCAAGGAGAACUAGAUCGGUUCUUCAUCUUGUUCUUCCGCUUUCCGACUGGUUGAAAUAAUCCAAUCGGAGUCUUGUAUUAUAUCACGCAAAUCAUGAGCUUCUGUCAUGCACUCUAAAAUAAUUUAAAAAAGAGCCAUCUACGAAGUGAGGACGGUGUAAGAAUCUGUUCCUUGAUUUCCGGGCUAAUGUUCCCUUUUCCUUAUCUUGCAUCUGCUACCUAAAGCGUGAAUUGUGUCUUGGUUCCUUUGCAUACUAUGUGAUGUACUUUAGCAGUCGUUGUCUCCUGCGCUCUCUGCGGGAUGAACACGAGUAAUCUGAUACGAAUGUCUCCUCUCUACUUUGUCUUUACUGUUUGAGUCUGAAGUACUCUACGGGUUUAUGCGUUGAUAUUGCAGGUGCCAUAUCUCGGCUAUUAGACCACGCCGGACCUGGAUUGAGGAUUCUAACAUCGACAGUCCGAGGUGAUAAGGCAUAUAGGAGAGCUAUUCAUCGCAAGGGGUUCACGAUCGUUCAAUAGUCAUAUCAUUGUAAACCUCCCUUGAACUGGCGACAGAUUGCAUGCCUAAAUAACGCGAAAAUGACAAACAUGG